AUGCUUCGGAAACUGGCAAUCCAGAAAGAGGAAGAUCUGCAGUCGGUGUGUGAAGUGGCUGCCCACGUGUUCAGUGACGGAGUAACAAACUGGGGUCGAGUGGUGACGCUCAUCUCGUUUGGCGCUUUUGUUGCGAAACACCUGAAAAGCAUAAAGCAGGAGAAGUGCAUCAGCUUGCUGGCAGGGAUCAUCACGGAUGCACUCGUCUCAUCUAAGCGCGAGUGGCUAAUGAGCCAGGGAGGCUGGGAGGGCUUUGUCGACUUCUUUCGACUUGAGGACCUAGAAGGAAGCAUCAAAAACGUACUGAUGGCGUUUGCAGGCGUGGCUGGACUGGGAGCGAGCUUAGCCUACAUGAUCCGGUGA